UGACCUCGUGCAACUGUCAGGUGCAAGGAGUCACCGCAAUGACUGAACAUUGGCUCAAGAUGUGUUAGCCAAUUUUGAUGUUAUGUGUUAGCGAUGCUUGCUGACGAGGAUGUGUCUUCAAAGCUUGCACUUGCCAGAGACGUCGCCUUCUCUUCGUUGCAGUGGCCGCCAGCGAAUGAGAAAGAGCCAUCCCUGACCGAGCAGCCGCUUCGGCUCAUCGGUCGUCUUGCGAAUGACGGUCCAUCAUCAACAACACUCCUUUGGGACGAGAGCCGGCGCUGUUUUGCUUUCCAUUGGCCCGGCAUCUUGGCUGCGGUAGCGGAGCGUCGCGGUUUCUUCGAUGCUCUUCUGAGCACCGCACCGUGGCGGGAGCUCGUGGGCUUCAAUGGUGAGGUGACUCGUUCGACUUGCUGGUACGUGCGCGAGCCGUGCACCUGUGAUUAUACUUAUGGUUCAGACCGAAUCUCGAUGCAACGACCAGCUGAGGGAUUUGUUGCCCUGAUGGAAGAAUUGACCGAGCACGUGUUCGAGGCAAUCAGUCCGUCUUGGCCGCGAGAGGAAUUCCCAGACUCUGCGAAUUUGAAUUUGUAUGAAGACGACUCGCAGUCGGUAGGCUGGCAUGCAGACGACGAGUCGUUGUUCGCAGGCAAGCGCGAGGACUGCGCGAUUGUUUCGCUGUCCCUCGGCGGCACUCGCGAGUUCUGGCUCAGGCUGAGGGAUGCCGACAGCGCGCGCAGGCCGGAGUUCUGCAGCACCCUCGAGGUGGACCUUGCCGAUGGAGACGUGCUCAGCAUGGAGGGCCUCUGCCAGAGGCACACGGUCCACCACGUGCCGACGGGGCCGGCGUCUGCGCACUCGGGAACCGGAUGUCCCCGCAUCAACAUCACCUGGAGGUGGAUCAAGGAGCACAAGAAAAAGUGUCCUCUGCGUACAACUCCAGCGCCCAAAGCCGGGUUCGAGUCCCCGAUCGUCACCCCGCAGCCCUUGCCCAGCGGCGUGAUCGCAGGAUUCUGGGCAGAUCCAUCCUCCACUGUGCGAUGGCACCGUCAGUGUGACGUGUGCCGAUGGCGGUGCGGGAGGAAUUGCGUCAAGCAAGGUGGGCAGUGGGUGUGCCGUUUGUGCCUUCACAGGCCCAGCGACACAAUGUCAGCAAGGGAGCUGGGCCCGAGCGAUGCCUUGACACUGGAGUACUUGGAGCGCGUGUCUCCCAGAGCGGUCGGCCUUCCAUUCCAGAGGCCAGACGUAUCUUCCUCUCGCCUGGCGAACUUCCAAUCAUAUUAUCCAGAUAUUUGCGAUGUGAAGACAUGGCAGGUUGUCUGGUCGAAGUUGCUGACGCCUUCUCCGCUGACAGUCAAGGUCGUCGCUGCUGGUGAAUUCGCUGGAGUACUGCCACGAAGUAUGCUUCUGGCUGCGUUGCAGCAAUUUGCCUCAGAAGCCGGAGCUACCAUCCGAAAGCUUCCAAGUUUUGUCCAGGGCUGUUGGUUCGAAAUCACCGCACCGAGCGAUCAAUGGUGCGCGACUGGGCAGUUGCAAGAGCUUCUGCUCAUGGGGGAGAGCGUUGGGUUGCUCCAUGUUCGAGAUAUCGUCUCGGCGUUGCCGUGUUUCUUUGCUGACCCGUCAGCGGAGGUUAUCUUGGACCUGUGCGCAGCACAAGGGGCCCAUGGAUUGGAGCAUCUGCAGCAGCACUGUGGCGAUAAAGAGAGGAUGCUCAUUGCAAAUGAGGUCGACACAACGAGUGCAAGUCCACUCAAGGACCGUAUCCAGUAUCAGCCCUGCGUUGCAAGAGGAGUUCUUGUCACAACGGUGGAUCCCGCAAGUUUCCCUGUCUUGCGGUCAUCUGAGCUCCAACCGCCCGGCACGGUGGUACAAGCGGCUCCAGCGUUAAGUGUGGAUGAGCUCUCGGCGACUUGGGGGCGGUACUGGUCGCACCAGGCAGCUCUGGCUGCAACGAACCCGUGGUGGCAAGAACGCAGGACGCAGUAUGACCUCAUCUUUGCAAACGUUCCCUGCGGGGGGGAUGGCCUGGCGAGGACGAAGCCUGAAACACUGGCCAGGUGGAGCACCGCCAGAGGGCUCGCGCUCUUCCCCAAGCAGUUGGCGAUCCUUCGCCGUGGCUUGCAGCUGUUGAGGCCAGGUGGUCACCUGAUCUACUCGACUCGCAGCUUGGACCCAGUGCAGAACGAGGCGGUUGUAGCCGCGGCCAUGUGUCUCCACAAUGCGCACGAGGCCACUACAGUUUGUCUUCAAGAUGUGGCUGCCAGACUCGCACCAGAGAUUGCUGAUGCUCUCUUGCCAGGGUUGCCAUGUUGGGGCGUGCCAGGGUCUGACUUCUCUUCGGCCUGUCCCCGCUUGUUUCGCACUUGGUCUGAACUGCCCCAGGGCCAGGCAACCACGCAAGGCCCAAGGCCUCAUCGCGAGAUGUUUCCCAAUUUCUCCGGUGGCUUGGCCGAGGAUUGCGUCAAGUGCCGCCGAGCUGUUCCAUGCGCCGCCCUCGACAGUGGCUGUUUGUUCCUCGCUCGCAUUCACAAGAUCGACCCGCAACACCUCAAGAGGAACAAGAAGACGGUCUUUGCGCCACGUUGCCACCCGAUUUUCAAGCCUGCGAGGAGUGUGAACGGCCUCGAUCCAGAGAAGGGUUGCAUCCUGAAGUUUUUCGGCCUCCACUCCAAGGAAGAGCAUGCCGCCGCAUGCGGGGUGAGCCGCUUCCCCUUGGAGCUCGUCGCGCUUGCACCAGCCAGCCGCGACGUCUUGGUGCUGCGCUCGUCAGCAGGAGAGCCGCUGCAGGAGCACAAGGAGCUGAAGACCGUCGGCGGGGGCCUGCCGCUGCUCAAACGCGUGGCCUCUGGGGGCCGCUUCUUUCAGCACGAGCUGCCCGGCCAGGUCUUCGACUGGAGGCCCCUGCCAGAGGCGGUCGGCAUACUGGGCCGCUGCUGCACCCGGCGCCUGGUGUCGCUGCCUCCGGCGCUGCUGGCGGCACUGCUCACGGACCUCGAGCUCGGCUCCACGCGAUUCCCCCGGGGAGCCUCGCCGGCUGCCACGCCUGGGGCGACCGCGUGCGAGACGGGGUCGUGCCGGGAGGGGUGGUCGUGGGCCUCGCCGGCGCUGCGGGGAGGUGCGGGCCGCCCUUCUUCGCCGCGCUGCUCUCGUCGGAGAGGCUGCUGCUCCUGGGCGGCCCCGCCGCACGGCACCGGCUGCACGCCCGGGCCCUGUCGCUCGCGCCAGGUUGCAGCGCAUGGCGGACUCUCUGCGGCGGCGAAGGCGGCACUCUGCAGGUGUGUCCACAAGGCCCUGUGGCAUCGGCUACACGCCCGGGUGCUGUCGGUCAUUCCAGGUAGCAUCGAAGGGCAGACUCUGCGGCGGCGAAGAAUCGAAGAAGAAGAAGAAGAAACGAUAGUAUGAAUAUGAACUUCGGCGGUCCUCCUGCGCCGCCCCUGGCGCGCUCCGCGCACUGAGGGAGGUUCAGCGCCGAUCCAAGAAAUCCUUUCGGACCUCUGAGUGAUGUGUGGUUAUGUGUUUGUUCAGCUCCUCUAUUAGACGUCACCCUGCAGGCGUGAGCACAAGACUCUAGAAUACUAGGACUCCUGCGCCGAAGUGCUUUCCAGGAGGCCUCAUGGCAUUGCCUAGCUCCUGACCUCAACUGGGCACGCGCGUUGGCGAUUGAGAAGAGAAGCAUGGCGCGCGAAUAUUCUUGCUGACCUGCAGCUGGGCGCAUCGUCUGUCGAGAGCAUGACGCUUGGCGUGGGCAAUAGUCAAGGAGAUGAGCUGCAAUGAACAGCAUGUAAUUUAGUAUAAACACGAAUGACCGCUAUGCGCAGGUGUACAGAGCGACUUUUGCACGGUCAUCAUUCGCACCAUGUUCUCGUCGCCAGGUGGCAGCCACAUCAUCAUC